UUUAUUCGAAGCAUUUUGUCAAAGCCUUUUAAGAUCCCCAUUCCAAAUUAUCAAGGUCCUCUGGGCUCUCGGGCAUUGGGCCUCAAAAGGGCUGGGGUCCGCCGGGCCCUCCACGACCCCUUGGAAGAAGGUGCCUUGGUUUUGUACGAGCCUCCCCCGCUGAGCGCCCAUGACCAGCUGAAGCUUGACAAGGAAAAACUCCCUGUCCAUGUGGUUGUUGAUCCUGUCCUCAGUAAGGUCUUGCGGCCUCAUCAGAGAGAGGGAGUGAAGUUCCUGUGGGAGUGCGUCACAAGCCGGCGUGUCCCGGGCAGCCACGGCUGCAUCAUGGCCGACGAGAUGGGCCUGGGCAAGACGCUACAGUGCAUCACGCUGAUGUGGACGCUUCUGCGCCAGAGUCCAGAGUGCAGACCAGAAAUUGACAAGGCAGUGGUGGUGUCACCCUCCAGCCUAGUGAAGAACUGGUACAAUGAAGUUGGGAAAUGGCUUGGAGGGAGGAUCCAACCUCUGGCCAUUGAUGGAGGCUCUAAGGACGAGAUAGACCAAAAGCUGGAAGGAUUCAUGAACCAGCGUGGAGCCCGAGUGCCUUCUCCCAUCCUCAUCAUUUCCUAUGAGACAUUCCGCCUUCAUGUUGGAGUCCUCCAGAAAGGGAGUGUUGGGCUGGUCAUCUGUGACGAGGUACUUGACUCUCAGCGGUCUGGGUGGUAGAAGAAAGUGUUGAAAUCUCCUCACUAAGAACUGCCAUCCAAGGGCUGUGUCAGUAUUUUUUAAUUUUUUUUUUUUAAUUUUAUUCAUUUGAG